AUGGAUCCUUCCAUUUUAUUUGAGAACACGUCUCAAGAACCUUUUUAUGCAGAAAGGGAUACACUAGUAUUUGCAUUGUUUUAUGAGAAUGUCUACAAGACCAAAAAAGAACAGGUUACAAAGCUCAAAGAGUUAGAACAUUAUCUUGCAUGCGAAAUCGAGCCUUUCAUUAAAUACUAUCCGUGGUAUUCGAAACCAGUGGAGUUUGAGUUAUACGAGGAUUAUCAGGGGCGAUGCUUCAUUUAUGGGGAGCUCGUUUACGGCGACUACGUGAACGACCUAUGGCUAAUAACCUCGAUACUCUACAAUUUUAGUGCAAGAGACUCUGAUUUGUAUAUCAAAGUUCUUGACCAGGAUGGUGAAUAUUUACUUAUAGAAGGAGCGGAUCAUAUUUCCCCAUGGAUGGAUGGUGAGGUCAGUUGUAACCGAAUAUGGAUCAAUGAUAUGAGCAUUAAAACCGUCCCUAAGGAGUAUAAAGAGGGCUCUAGUCUUAGUAUGGAUGAGUCUCUUGAUUUUAUAAAGACACACUAUUAUAAGAUGGAGCCAUGCGUUGAUUUGACGGACUUUUUGGUAAACCACGUAUUGAACAAGUACCCAAAAGAGGUUUUGGAGAAUUUGUAUGUGGAGACGGUUCGGGUGAACGAAUCUGUGUUUGAAUUCAUUGCUGCCAACAAGCCUUAUCUUGUUAAUGCUGCUUUAAACUUUCAAAUGGAGUCACUUUUCCCCGACGUUCCAGGGAAAAAAGGUCGAUUUCCAGAGUCCUUUUACUCUGAUGAUGAAGAAACACUGGUUGAUGUGAAGGUUCGAGUUUCUGCUUUAGGGUACUUGCUAUUGAAGGAGUAUGGGAAGAGAUCAAAGUUGGAAAAGGGCCGAUUUUUGACCAGAUCUCUGGAUAAAUAUGUCUCUGAAAACCCUAUGAUUGAUAUCAAGUGGGAGAGUCCAACUUCAAUAGUUGAAGAAUUUAAUGAGACUACGGACAAGGAUCUUCUUCAGAAAGAACUUUUGAGGUUUUCUAUAAUCGAUAGAGAGAUUAUGAGCAAAGAACCAGAAUUCGAAUCUGAAUCUGAAUCUGAACCUGGAGAAAAGAAUACAAUGUCUCCGGAGGCAGAAAAGGGUCAAGAGAUAUUGCAAAUGUUGGAGAAAUUCAUGAAUGGAGGAAAUAAAGAGGAAGAAGAAGAAGAAGAAGAAGAAGUGCAUUACGAUGGAACUCCCUGGGGCAAUCGAGGCCAGAGCUGGGAGCAAGAUAAUCUUGGAAGCAUUAUGACUGAUUAUGAUGAUAUGAAUGACGAUUACUAUGAGAAAGAAGAAGAAGAAGAUAUCGGUCUAGGUAUUGAUGUUGGCAUUGAUGAGGACGAUUUCUUUGAGUUUUUCUGCAAAGAAGCCUUGAAGCUGAAAGACAUUGACAUGGAAAAAAUGUCUGGACAACUGGAAGGAUCGCAGUUACAAAAACUUAGUAACUCGCCUAAAUCGCACAGGAUGCAGCACAACGAUUCUGGAAUAGAUGUACUCAGCAGUUUGUUUGCAUCUUUGAACACUGAAAAUGGGGACUCUGGUGCAGUCUCAUCAAUAGUACGUCCUAACGAAGUAUAG